AUGUCUUUACGUGAACGAUUGAGAGAGGUGGAGGAAUCCCCAAACACAUACACACAUGUCCUACAAAAGGAUAUUGCUCGUGUUGAGACGUUUAUUAAGGAAUGUGACAAGGCAAUUGCCCAGCUAGACGAAUCCGCUCCAGUCGGUACACAAAUCAUUGCCCUCUACGAAAUACUUGGAGUUAUUCCCUACACCCCCGACAAAAACGAUACCAUCGGCACAGCAGCAACAACAGUGGUGCUACAAUCCAUGAUCAACCGCUACACCCCCCAAUCCACAACUCCUAUUGAUUUCCUGGAAAUAAUCGCCGACCUCAACCAUUUGCGUGCCAACAAACAAACUGCUCUUGCCGACUUACAGUCCCGCAACUUUGCCUCCCCACUACCCGAAAAACUCGCAGAAGCGAGGGAACUUGAAAAAUUGCUCAACUCUUAUAUAGCAAAAAUAAACAACCAAUAG